AGUUGGGAGGGGACCAGGGCUCAGAGGGCGCAGGGGUGGCAACCAGGGGAAGAACCGCAAGUGGCAAGUCUGAAGUUUGAGGUCGAGUUCUGACCGUGCUAGCCGAGUGACCUUGGGUGCAGCGGGCACCUGUUGUGUGCGGGGACCACUCCUUCUGCCAAAGGACUGUGGACUGAUCCAGAUCCUGCAGCCGCCACCUGCACCCCCACCCGUGUGUGGAGGGGCUGCUAGGGCAGGUCUGACCCAGGCAGAGCGGCGGGGACUGCCCCCAUUUAACAGAAGAGGAAACAGCUCAGAGAGGUGAAGGAGCUUGCCCAGUCACACAGCAGGUAAUGAGAGGUCCUUGAGUCACCACAGUGCCCCCGCCACACCAGCGGCUCCUCAUUGUGCACCUAGCCUGUUUGUGCGGUGUCUGUGCCCUGCAGGAAACCCACUCCACAGGGUGACCCUGUUCUCAGCAGCCAUGUCUGACGAGGAGUCCUCUCAGGCCCCCAGACCCAACUUGUGUGAGCAGGACCAGCAGAGCGUGGUGCAGCGGGUGGUGGCCCUGCCCCUGGUCAGGACCACCUGCACAGCCGUCUCCGACGUGUACAGCGCGGCCAAGGACAGGCACCCGCUGCUGGGCUCCGCCUGCAGCCUGGCCGAGCGCUGCGUGUGCGGCCUCACCAGCCGGGCCCUGGACCACGCACAGCCGCUGCUGCACCGCCUGCAGCCUCAGCUGGCCACAGUGAAUGACCUCGCCUGCAGGGGCCUGGACAAGCUGGAGGAGAAGCUGCCCUUUCUCCAGCAACCAUCCGACAUGGUGGUGACCUCAGCCAAGGACGCAGUGGCCAGCAGCGUCACAGGCGUGGUGGAUCUGGCACGGCGGAGCCGACGCUGGAGCGUGGAGCUGAAGCGCUCCGUGAGCCAUGCCGUGGACGUUGUGCUGGACAAGUCAGAGGAGCUAGUGGACCACUUCCUGCCCAUGACGGAGGAGGAGCUCGCGGCGCUGGCAGCUGAGGCCCAGAGCCCCGACGUGGGCUCCGUGGAGGAUCAGAGGAGACAACGGGGCUACUUCGUGCGUCUGGGCUCCCUGUCUGCGAAGAUCCGCCACCUGGCCUAUGAGCACUCUCUGGGGAAACUGAGGCAGAGCAGACACCGUGCCCAGGACACGCUGGCCCAGCUGCAGGAGACCCUGGAGCUGAUCCACCGCAUGCAGUGCGGGGCCAGCCCCACCGCCGCGGCCCAGCCUGAGAAGGCGACCGAGCUGUGGCAGGGCCAGUGUGCCCUGGAGAACGGGCGCAGACGCAGCCAGGCGGAGCUGGAGACCCUGGUGCUGUCGCGCGGCCUGACCCUGGAGCUGCAGAGCACGGUGGAGGCGCUGGAGGCCAGCGUGCGGGGCCUGCCGGCCGGCGCGCAAGAAAAAGUAGCGGAGGUGCGGCGCAGCGUGGACGCCCUGCAGGCCGCCUUCGCCGACGCCCGCUCCUUCGGGGACGUGCCGGCGGCCGCGCUGGCUGAGGGCCGGGGCCGCGUGGCCAGGGCCCACGCCUGCGUGGACGAGCUGCUGGAGCUGGUGGUGCAGGCGGUGCCGCUGCCCUGGCUCGUGGGGCCCUUCGCGCCCAUCCUGGUGGAGCGCUCCGAGCCCCUGCUUGGCCUGGAGGACUGGGUGGACGAGGUGGUGGGGGACCCCGACCCGCGCUGGGCGCACAUGGACUGGCCCGCCCAGCAGAGAGCCUGGCAGGCUGAGCACGGUGACGGGACGUGCCUCCCCGGGGACACUGGCGCGGCGGAGCCCGAGGCCCCCAGCCGCCCGGUCAGGCACACGCUGAUGCCGGAGCUGGACUUCUAACCCCAGCAGCCCGCGGUCCGCCCUGCGCGCCCGGCUCUCUGCUGCCCCCUGGUGGCCGCGCACCAGCACUGACGGCCUUGCCCAGCCGGGCCUAGGCUGGGACCUUGGCCGGGACCUUGGCCACCUUCGGCACAGCGGGCCCUCGCACUCUUCCCUAGACACAGGGCAUGGCGGGGCCUCAAAGCCACUCAGGCGCCUGUAGCUCCUUAUCAGUUCCCUGCCCCGGCCCGGAUCACAAUGCCCCGAGAAGCGCACCGUCUGCCCAGUGGCGUCUGUAAGGCUUUAAAGGAAGCCCGAGCCCCCCAGACUGGCAAUCAGACUGAGGGGUCCACCAGAGAUACCAACAGGGCCUGCUCAGCCCACCAGACCUAUGUGCUAUGUCGUUUGCUCUCCAGAAUAAAGACAGUCGCUUGU